UCAUCACGCAUUCUUUACUCUGUUUCAAGAAAAGGAAAAAAAUAAAAGAAGGAAAGGAAAAUUGACCAUAUCACAGGCUCACCCACUUCGGAUUUGAGAAUUGAAUUGAAUUUCUCAUUCAACAAACGCCUCUGUUAUCUCUGACCCGAAAGUUUAGUCACAAAAUCUGCAUGUGUACGUCGCUGCUUAUCGCGUCCCAUACAUCCCUCUUUAUUGCAUCAUGACAAAUAAAGAUGAGAGAGAGAGAGAGAGAGAGAGAGAGAGCUCCAGCGUAGCUUAGGAUUCUCUCUCCCCCCGCCUCACUAUCUCUCUCUCUCUCCUUUUCAGUUUCUUUAAUUCAAUCAAAUUAUCCAUAAUUAAGUCCCACGAACUUCCAUAUAUAAACACGCCCUCUCCCCCUCCCCCACUUCUGUUUCUAUAUGUUCCUCCCAAUCGCAGCGGACCCAAUACUCAGCAUAUCACAGAGCAAGAGAGAAACAGAGAGAGAGAGGAGGAGAAGAAGGGGGUCAUGCAGCUUUUCUGAUUCAACAAGAACAACCCAUUUUGGUUUGGAGUGGUUUGGUUUGGAGAUUUGAGAAAGAAAAGGGAGGGUUGUUUGUUUCGGGUUUUUGUCUUGGGUUUUGUUUGUGUUGGCGGCUUGGCGGUGGUUGCUGAACUGGUUUGGGUUUAUAUAUAUAUAUAUAUAUAUAUAUAUAUAUAUAUUUACAUAUAGAGAUAUGGCUAUUCAAGCGCAGUUUCAGUCUGAUAAUCUAGGGUUAGGGUUUCCUUUGGGCGGCUCACAGGAUUGGAUGGACGUUAAUGGGUGUGGGUUCAAUGAGUUUUGUUUCAAUCUUCAACAGAAAUACCAACACCAAAUGCAGCAGCAGCAGCAGAAAAACCAACCUCUGUUUUUUGACAACAGUCUUCUCUUCUCCACUUCAAAGCCCAAUUUCUCCACUCCCAAUCAUCAUUCCAUGGCGCUUUCUUGGAGCUUUGAAGCCCAGGCUGAAAAACAGAGGCAGGAGAUCGAUCAAUUUAUCAGCUUGCAGAACGGGAGAUUGAGAUUGGCCUUGCAAGAGCAGAGGAGGCAGCAACUAGCAAUCCUGUUGAGCAAAUUCGAAUCCAAAACACUGCCUCUGUUGAGACAGAAGGAGGAAGAGAUAGCGCAGGCCGCCAAGAGGACGAUGGAGUUGGAAGAUUUCUUGAGGAGAUUGGAGAUGGAGAACCAGGGGUGGCAGAGGGUGGCGAAGGAGAACGAAGCCAUGAUUCUGUCUCUUAACAACACGCUGGAGGAGCUGAGGGAGAAGGCCUGCGGAGGGUUCUUGGCCAAUGGAGCAGAGGACGCAGAGUCUUGCUGCGAUGUGAACAGAGCAGAAGACAGAGAGGAGGGAACAGGGGAAAACAGGGAAAUUGAUAAUGGGGAAAAACAGAUGACAAGAAAGUUGAUGGUUUGCCAAAGCUGCAAUUCUCGGAGCUCGUGCGUGCUGUUCCUCCCCUGCAGGCAUCUCUGCUCGUGCAAAGCCUGCGAGGCUUUCCUCGAUUCUUGCCCCGUUUGUAGAACGGGAAAGAAGGCUACCAUAGAGGUGCUAAUUUUCUAGGAUAAUUUUUCCAGGAAAAAAAACAGGGGAAGGGCAGUGAUUCAAUGAAUGAAGCUAUAAAAAUGGGCUGGAUAGGAUUGAAUUGAUGGGAAUCCAGAAGAAGCAGGGGAACAGGAAGAGGAAACUUUUUUUUUUUUUUUUUUUCAAUUUAUGCACUGUUAUUAGACUUUUGUUUCCUUUCUGGGGGCUCUGUUUUCAGAUUGUACUUGUACUUCAAACAACCCCAAAUCAAUUGAACAGAAAAUUACAGUA